UAAUAGUUUAUAUUGAUAAGAAUAAAAAUCAAAAAAAAGGAAUCAUGUCUUUUAAAAAAAAAAAAGAAAUUUCUAAGAAUAAUUUUAAAGCAAAUGUUAAAUUAAAUGAAUCUUUACCAAGGAUUUUUACACCAUUAAAACUUAAAUUAUCAUUGGUUGAUCAAAAAGAAUCUUAUGAAAUCGGUAUUGAGAAUUUGAAUUCUUCUGUAAUUGAUAAAAUGGAUUUAUGUGGAAGAUUAUUUAAUUUUCCUUUGAAUAUUUUAGAGAAAAUGAGAAAUCUUGGAGUAUUUCAGUUUGAACCUAGAAUUGAUCAUUCAAAAGAUCCUGUCGUUGUUUUAAGAGAGUCUUCUGUUUAUAUUGGUCGGAAACUGCUAGAUGAUAAUAUUUCAAGUAAGGAUAGAAGAAUAAUUCUCAUAGGGAAUCAGGGCACAGGUAAAAGUUUUUGUUUGCUUCAAGCGCAGUGUUUGGCAUUUCAGAAAGGAUGGAUUGUUUUGGCUAUUCCUAGAGGUAUUGAUAUUGUUAAUAAUACUACUCCAUUUUUUUAUCAUGAGGAAACGGGUUUAUGGAGACAACCUGAAUAUACAUCAUCUUUGUUAGAUAAAUUUCUAAAGGCUAAUUUUAAUAUUUUAGAUAAGAUUUUUAUGUCAAAAGAAUAUUAUGCUGGAAAUCAUAUUGUUCCUAAGUUUACACCUUUGUCUAAGCUUCUUGAAAUAGGGGUUUCGAAUUUAUUAUUAUCUCAUGAUAUUUUAGAAAUAUUUUUAAAAGAACUUAAUAUUGGGAAUUGUCCUCCAGUUUUGUUUACUUUUGAUAAUAUAUCUGUUAUAUGUUCACCUUCUCAAUAUAUAUCUAGUGAAUAUAAAGCUAUUCAUCCCUGCGAUUUGGCUCUUAUGAGGACAUUUUAUACUUAUCUUAAUGGAAAAAUUUCUUUUGAUCGGGGAGCUAUAAUAUCAUGUACUUCUAAAUCAUUUAAUAAUUCCGAUAGAGCAUUAGAAGUUUCUUUAGGAUUUUUGAAGCAUAAAAGCUAUGAAAAUAUUGAUGAACGAAUUAGUUCGGCUGUUAAUGAUGUUGAAUAUUAUGUAAUUGGGAAUUACACUCCAAUAGAAAGUAGGAAUAUACUCAAUUAUUAUUUAAUGGCAAAUAUUAUAAUAAAAGAUAUUGAUAAUAGUAUUUUAAAGGAAUUUAUAAGGGAAAUAAUGUUGCUUAGUGGCAGUAAUCCUCGUGAACUUUUUUGGAAUUGUUUAAGAAUGAUAUGAAAAAUAAUUAAAAGAGUUGAUUAUUUGUAGAUUGAGUUUUUAU